AUGCCCGUCCGCACCGCCGUCACGCUCAACGUCUACGACCUCGUGGAAGCCAACGAGUACAUGGCACCGCUCGGUCUCGGCAUUUUCCACAGCGGCGUCGAGAUCGCUGGGAAGGAAUUUUCGUACGCGAGCGGUACUGGCGUCUUCUCUUCGAGUUCUAAACAAGCGCCUGGUGCCAAGUUUCGAGAGUCCAUUGACAUGGGGUUCUUCGAUGGAAGCUUCCAGGAGGCCCAUCGACUGGCCUAUUCGUUGAGCUCUGAUUAUACGGGAGACGUCUACAAUCUAUUGAAUAGAAACUGCAACACGUACGCAGACGCAGCAUGUCAACUGCUACUAGGAAAACCUAUUCCUGCCUACGUGAAUCGCAUGGCCUACUUAGGAUCGUUCCUCAGCUGCCUCAUCCCGGUGGGCAUGACCGCUCGAGCACCAGUGGGCGACGACGCGAGCACGUCCUCGCGCAUCACAAAUGGAACCCCGCAGCGUGUUUACACUCCAUUUGCCGGGUCUGGCAAAAGUGUAGGUGGUGCCAAGGACACAUCGUCAUCGACAGAGUCGUCGGCCCUGGCUGACCGACGCGAGAAGGUCCGCUUGGCGGCUCUGCGGCGAUCUGAACAAGGGCAGUAG